UCCGCCCCGCGCGCCGCCCGGCCCUGUCAGCCUCUGACGGCCGGCAGCCCGGGCUGACUGGGCUGACUGAGCUGUCGGGCCGCUCGGCGCGCGCUUCCUCCUCCCGCCUGGCAGAGCGGUUCGCUCGUACACACUUCCUCCUCCUCUUCCCUCCCCGGCUCGCGCUCCUCCGCUCUCCUCUGCGCCGCCGUGCACUGCUCGCCCGCGCGACCAUGGCACACGCGCGGGGCUGCUCCAGCGCCCGGGGCUCCGGGGAUGGCGAGAUGGGCAAGCCCAGGAAGGUGGCGCUCAUCACUGGCAUCACGGGCCAGGAUGGUUCAUACUUGGCUGAGUUCCUGUUGGAGAAAGGCUAUGAGGUCCAUGGAAUUGUACGGCGAUCCAGUUCAUUCAAUACAGGUCGAAUUGAACAUCUGUAUAAGAAUCCCCAGGCUCAUAUUGAAGGAAACAUGAAGUUGCACUAUGGUGAUCUCACUGAUAGUACCUGCCUUGUGAAGAUAAUUAAUGAAGUAAAACCUACAGAGAUCUACAACCUUGGAGCCCAGAGCCAUGUCAAAAUUUCUUUUGACCUAGCUGAAUACACUGCAGAUGUUGAUGGAGUUGGCACUUUACGCCUUCUGGAUGCAGUGAAGACCUGUGGCCUUAUCAACUCUGUGAAGUUCUACCAAGCCUCCACGAGUGAGCUUUAUGGGAAAGUUCAGGAAAUACCCCAGAAGGAGACCACUCCGUUCUACCCUCGGUCCCCAUAUGGGGCAGCAAAACUCUAUGCCUAUUGGAUUGUGGUGAACUUCCGUGAGGCAUAUAAUCUGUUUGCGGUGAAUGGCAUUCUCUUCAAUCAUGAGAGUCCCAGAAGAGGAGCUAAUUUUGUUACUCGAAAAAUUAGCCGGUCAGUAGCUAAGAUUUACCUUGGACAACUGGAAUGUUUCAGUUUGGGAAAUCUGGAUGCCAAACGAGAUUGGGGCCAUGCCAAGGACUAUGUCGAGGCGAUGUGGCUGAUGUUGCAGAAUGAUGAGCCAGAGGACUUUGUCAUAGCAACUGGGGAGGUCCAUAGUGUCCGGGAAUUUGUAGAGAAAUCUUUCUUGCACAUUGGAAAAACCAUUGUGUGGGAAGGAAAGAAUGAAAAUGAAGUGGGCAGAUGUAAAGAGACCGGCAAGAUUCACGUGACUGUCGAUCUCAAAUACUACAGACCAACUGAAGUGGACUUUUUGCAGGGCGACUGCGCCAAGGCUAAGCAGAAGCUCAACUGGAAGCCGCGCGUCGCCUUCGAUGAGCUGGUGAGGGAGAUGGUGGACGCCGACGUGGAGCUCAUGAGGACCAACCCCAACGCGUGAGCGCCGCCCGCGGAACCGCCCCAGCGGAGGGCGCGGGGCUGCGGGGAGCACGCGGGGUCCGGCGCGGAGGGCGGUAAGCCAGCCCGCCCGGAGCUCGUCUCCUGAGCCCGCCGCCGCCGGCGCCGGGGUUUGCAGCAGCCGGGACGGGACUCUCCCGGGCUCCCCGCGGGUCUGCUUUCCUUUCGUCCAAGCUUCUUCUGAACGGGUUUGAGAAAUCAAGAUGUUUAAUCACACAUUCAUUUUACUUGAAAUUAUGUCGCUAGACAGCUGGAAUUGUGAGGCCUUCAAAUUGUUUUCCUCUUUUCUUAUUAAAGACAUCCUUUGUAUGAGCCAGCAAUAA